GUAAAAAGAUGCCACGAAGAAAGAAAAAAAUUAAAGAAGCCUCUGAAAGCCAGAACUUGGAGAAGGAUCCAGAAACUACCAGUUCUGUCAGUAUGAAGAAGAAGCGUAGACUUGAGGACUUACUCAUAGUGAUAUCUGAUAGUGAUGGGGAGGAAGCAAAAGAAGAGAAUGGAUUGCAGAAAAUGAAGACAAAACAGUCGAACAGAUCAAAGUGUUUGGCUAAAAGAAAAAUUGCACAGAUGUCUGAAGAAGAACAAUUUGCUUUGGCUCUCAAAAUGAGUGAGCAGGAAGCCAGGGAGGUGAACAGCCAGGAGGAGAAAGAAGAGGAGCUCUUGAGGAAAGCCAUUGCUGAAAGCCUGAAUAGUUGCUGGUCUUCUGAUGCUUCUGCUACCAGAUCUCAACCUCUGGCUACUGGACCAUCUUCACAUUCCCAUCAAGAGAACACCAAAGAUUCUGGAACCACUGAAGGCGUAUGGCAGCUGGUACCUUCAUCACUGUUUAAAGGCUCACAUGUCAGUCAGGGAAACGAGGCUGAGGGAAGAAAGGAGCCCUGGGACCACAAUGAAAACACUGAAGAGGAGCCGGUCUCUGGCAGCUCAGGAAGCUGGGAUCAGUCAAGCCAGCCAGUGUUUGAGAAUGAGAACGUUAAAUGUUUUGACAGAUGUACUGGCCACUUGGCUGAGCACACACAGUGUGGGAAGCUGCAGGAAAGUACUGGGAGUGGUUGUGCUUUUCCCAAAGCUGUCCAGGGUAGGGGGGACACGUCUAGGCAAUGUCUUCCUACCCCAGCAGACACCAGAGGUCUCCAGGACAUCGGGGGCACUGUGCACUACUUCUGGGGUAUUCCAUUCUGCCCUGCUGGAGUAGAUCCUAACCAAUACACCAAUGUCAUUCUCUGCCAGUUGGAGGUUUAUCAGAAGAGCCUGAAAAUGGCUCAGAGGCAGCUUUUUAAAAAAAGAGAGUUUGGGGAACCAGUGUUACCUAGACCUCCUUUUCUGAUCCAGAAUGAAUGUGGCCAAGAAGAUGAGACUAGUGAAAGAAAUGAAGGCAUCUCAGAAGAUACAGGAGAUGAAGCCAGAGAGGAAAGGCAGGAAUCUAGGGCAUCUGUCUGGCCCUCAAAAACCAAGGAUUUUCAAAAAAGCCCAAUUAAAAGCUUGAAACAGAAACUUUUGUUGGAGGAAGAACCAACAACCAGUCAUGGUCAGUCUUCCCAAGGUCUGUUUGUUGAAGAAACUUCUGAAGAAGUUCUGAAGAGUUCUGAAGAAGGAAACUCUGUGUCUGCCUCACAAAGCAUUGCCGCUUUGACCAGUAAGAGAAGCUUAGUCCUUAUGCCAGAGAGUUCUGCAGAAGAAAUCACUGUUUGUCCUGAAACACAAUUAAGUUCCCCUGAGCUCCUUGACGUCAAUAGAGAAGACUCUCCGGAUAGCAGCAACAUCCCCAUUGGAGUCAGAAUGACAGUGAGCGAUAAGCGGGUUGAUAAUAGAGAUGGGAAGAAAGCAAAUCCCACUCCUGCAUUCUCAUCUAGUGCCCGGGUGUCCUGCCCACUGUGUGGCCAAGACUUUCUUCCCACAAAGAUUGAACAGCAUGCCAUGUAUUGCAAUGGCCAGAUGGAGCAGGAAACAGUAUUGACUCGGAGACAAAGAGAAGCCAGGAACAAGCGUGAUGGUAGGACACAGACUACCCUGGACAACAAGAAGGAGAAGUGUUACCUAUGUAAGUCCCUGGUCCCACUUGGAGAGUAUCAGUGUCAUGUAGAGGCCUGUCUCCAGCUCGCAAGGCGCGACAGAGGGGCUGGGACUGAAGGGAGUAAGAGGACAAGAGUGUGCGCAACUGUGGAGGGGAAGCAGCAGCAACGGCUGAGGAAGCCAAAGGAAAAAGGCCAAGGUCGAGGUCGACUGCUCAGUCUCCUGGAACAGUCUGAGCACAAGAGCACAGGUGUAGAGAAAAAAACCAAGUCUUCAGAAGCAAGAACCUUCAGGAUACCUUCACCAGAGGUGGAAGAGGCUAGCUGCAGUGGAGAGACGCAGAGUUCCCUCUCACAGCUCAACUUAAAUGAGUCUCCCAUCAAGUCUUUUGUUCCUGUUUCAGAAGCCACAAAUUGCUUAGUGGAUUUUAAAGACCAAUUUACUUUCCGGUCACGGACCAAAUCAGGCAGAGGAAGGAGGAGAAAAUCUUGAAUUUCUUGGGACUGGAGGAUGACCAGAACCAUUAUUGCUGGGUUGGUCGUGUUCAUUAAUUAUAAUGGUCUCUAGUUUGUUGUGAGAGUUUUGACCCUGUUGUUGUCACCAGCAGCACCCACUCAGCAUCCUGAUUUUUAUGUUGUAUAAAAUCUAUUCAGACGAUUGUGAAUAGUAUUCUGUUUUACAAGUCUGUUUGAAUUUGCUUAUAGUUAAAAUUUAAAUAUAUUUAUCUAUGUUUGUAUGAAA